CGCUGUGCAGCAAAGUGGUGUUUGUUUCACUUCCUUUCUAAGUUAUUCCUGGACCUCUGUGUUUUGUAUGCAGAACAAUAAACUUCAUAAUGCUGCCCUGUUAAGAGGAAAUACUGGCCCAGUGAGAAGAAACUGUGUGUGUGUUUUUAUCUGCCCCAGAGCAGAACAGCCCAGACUGGAGUCAGCAUGGAGUUGAUGCCUAGUAGCCGUUUCCUCUGGUUUUAGCUGUCUGGGUGACAGCAAACUUUCCUCUAUGGCCAGUCAGAGCAGAAACAACAAAAUCCUUCUGGAUCUGGUGCAGCAGCCGGGAAACAACCAAUGUGCUGACUGUGCAGCUCCUGAGCCUGACUGGGCCUCGUACACUCUUGGCAUGUUUGUGUGCCUAAACUGUUCGGGCAUGCACCGCCACCUGUCUGCUGUCAGCAAAGUGAAAUCCAUACGCCUGGAUUACUGGGAAGAUUCCUUAGUGCAGUUCAUGCAAGAGCGGGGGAAUUCUGUUGCUAAAGCCUUUUUCGAGAAAUGUGUCCCUGCCUUCUAUUACAGGCCACAGCAACACGACUGCAUUGUUCUUAAGGAACAAUGGAUCCGUGCAAAGUAUGAAAGACGGGAGUUCACGGGAGAAAACAGCGAGUUUCUUCAGACUUACAACUUUGAUUUAUUUGAAUCAACACUAUGGAAGAAGGGCAGAGACAACAAACAGUUUCUCAAGAGAAUCUUCGUGCUGUCGCAGAAGGAUUUCACCCUCAGAUACUUCACUAAGGAGGAUUCCAAGGUUGCCAAAGCAGUUAUCAGCAUGAAGGAUCUUAAUGCAUAUUUCCAGCCACAGAAAAUCGGUCAUCCUCAUGGGCUGCAGAUUUCCUAUCUGGAGGAUGAGCGUACAAGGAACCUGUUUGUUUACCAUGAGAAUGGGCAGGUCAUCGUGUCAUUCUUCAAUGCUAUUCGUGCCACACGCUUGGCAUAUCUCUUGAAGAAACAUCCCACUCUACAACAUAUUGAUCUAAUACCUCAGAUAACAAAUCAUUGCCUGAAAGAGGGCUACAUGGAGAAAACUGGCCCAACGCAACGUGAGCCGUUCAAGAAGAGGUGGUUCACUCUGUGCUCAGUGAACAGGAAACUCCUGUACUGUAAAUCUCCACUGGAUGCCACGGAUCUAGGCGCCGUCUUUAUCGGGUCCCAAGACCACGGCUACUCUGUGUCAGAGAGCAGCGGCCGGUGCACGAGGUCAGGCCGGUGGCACUGUGGGAUUGCGAUGGAAACUCCAAGCAGGCAGUUUGUGUUCAUGUGUGAGCAGGAGCAGGAGAGAAGGGAGUGGAUGGAGGCCUUCAGAAAGGUCAUCGCGCAGCCCAUGACCCCAGAGGAUUACGCCAGUACGAUGACGUUGUUCCAGCAAACCCCAUGCAGAGCAUUUCAGAUCAAAGACGCUUCCUCACUACCAACUCUCUUUCUUGUUUCCCUACAGAUGAAGCCACUUUGAGGAGAGGGAAAUGACUGGGACGUUUUGACAAAGUGACUUUGGAGCAGUUACUCCUGCAGCUGAGCUGCUGUGGCUUCCUGGGGCCGAUGUAGAUCAGAGGCAGCAUCUUCUUAGUAAUAGUUAUUGUUUUAGUGGAUGUAGAAAAGCAUUUUUUACAGCAUGCCUUAUGUAUUUAAUGGAACUCAAUAUUGUAUUUAUUGAAAUACUUACUUCAGAUAUAAAAAACAACAACUAUAAUAAUCUAGAAUAAUCACACCAAAGUUCAUGUUUUGUGUAUAUUUUUUAUGUUACUGAAUUUGCACAUUUUUAAAUCUUUUUUACUGUCUGUGACUCUAACCAAACAGGAAUAAAUAUUAGAUUAUUUUACUACAUCUAUCUGUUUUUCCUUAGCCAUCCAAUCAUCUCUACAUCUGUCUCUUCAUCCAUUGUGCCACUGAGCAAAGAUUCUUCAAACAUUUCUCUAGAAAUGCAGAUCAACUCAAUAUCUGGCCUAAUCUACAUCUAGCUGAGAACAAACAAAAACAACAACAACACGCAUUACAGUAUAACUACAGUAUAACUAUAAACGACCUACAUAUCUGUGAACAUAAAGAUAAAAAUUUUGGAACUGGAUUUGAGUUUGACUUUUUUUUUUUCAGGACCUCUUACUGGAACAUAAAUCUAACAUUAGAAGAGGUGCAGUACACAAUAUUUACCCACUGGCUAAUAUUAAAUUUCUUCAAGUCCAGAAGCAGAACCGUCCUGCUUUCAUCUGCUUUCCAACUCCUCUCCUCCACACGUUUGUGUAUGGUGUUUCUCAUUUAUUGCCACACGUUGGCGCAAGUUGACCAACCUUUCUGUAAAGAUGUGAAAAAUAUUCAGAUGACACACUCGGAUGCAGUUUUCUUGUACCAGAGAAAGCCAACUAAGACAAAUGACCGACAACACAAAUAAACUGUUCUAUUUUAAAGCUA